AUGGCAGGCAUGGACAGUCGCAAUGGGGAGCAGAGAAUGGUGACACCACCCGCUGUUUACGGGCCUUCUAAAUCCAACUCUGCCACUCCCCACAACAACGGAAUGUCGCCUUUUGGAAGCCCGACACCCAAGAGUGUCGCAUUCGAACUCCUGUUUCCCGAAUCACCCCAGUACCGUGCGCGACUGCCCAUGAGGGUGCAGAUAUUCCCUCACGAUACUACCGACUCCAUCGUGACAACCGUCAAGAACUUCUACGGCCUCUACGCUGGCCCUGGCGGGGCCAAAGGGGUCAGUUUCGAGGAUGAGCAAGGAAACACCCUAAUCGCCCGAUACGAGAACCUUCGAAACAACAUGGUCGUCUACGUGCGAGUGAUUGAGGAGCCUGCACCAGCGGCGGGAGCAUACGGCCUGCCACCAUACCAUUCUGCCUCGCCCGUUCUACAGCAGUCGUACUAUCCUGGCGAUGGUCACCACAUGCCUCCCCCGCAACCAGCCCAGGCACUCAGCUACGGCCAGCCCCUUUCCAGACCGACGUCGAGAACUUCUCGCAAGCGUAGCAUCUCUCCCGAUGCGCGUGGUCGUCGCAGUGCGUCUGUCAGCACAAAUCCGCUGCCCCCAAAGAAGAGCCGGUCGCGAUCGGGCUUUAAGAGCAGGGGAUCGAGCGCACACGGCGGCUUCCCAGACAACCACAGUGAUGGCUUGACGGGAUAUAGUAGCGGCGACGGAGCGGCAGGCUCGGUGUCUAGCAAGACCAGGAGCGAGCACCUUGGAAAUACCGAAAUUAGUUUGGACAACAUUGUUGAGGGCGGGCGACGCAAGAGAGCGAAGUUUGAGAGUUCAGAGUUGCCAUUGUUUGCUCCGCCGCAGAUGCCGGCUGCGACUUCGAACUCCUCCGUUUCACCCGCUCGUCGCAUGGAACAUCAGCGAGCAGCAUUUCCCUUCACGCAUCCUUCACAACACCCAUUUGGAAACCCGCAGCCUCUACAAUCCCCUCAGAGUUAUAACAGUGGAUUUGGGCAGCCAGGCAUGUACACUACACCGGCUCCUGGGCGUCGCACUAGGGCGACUGGAUAUCCGCCAAACCGACAAUCUCUAGGCAGUACACCUGGCGGCAACAGCUCAGGCAUCCUUCCAACACCAGACCCAACUGUUGGAAGUUGCGUUUCGGAAGAGGACAAGGAUGUAGCACUUCAAUUGAUGAGGCUGGGUGAGAUGUCAAACAUCUCUCAUGGUCGCACUUCUGCUUCGACCUUGGACGACACCUUUAGUGGGAAGGCGGACGCCGCAUCCUCUACCGGUGCCACCAGUGAUAGUGAGAGUGAAAGUGAGCCUGAGCCUGAGCCUGGGCCUGAGCCUGAGCUUCCUCCGCCUCGCCGAAUGAAGCGUGAGGCAAGCCCAAUCCUUCCUCCUGGUCACGUCAAGAGGUUUCGCCAGCAUCUGGAUGAUGUCCUGCCGAGUCAAGACAGCACUGAGCCCAGCGGUGACGAAGGAGAAUACGAAGAUGGGCGUGAUGAGACGUUCCGACCGGUCAUCAAGGGUGAGCCUAUGGAGACGGACGAUAAGCUCAAGCUUUCCAAGUCCAAGGGCGUCGCUGUCAUGGGCAAGCCCCGUACCAGCGCCUCCGGAGUCAAGGUCAAGUCGAAGCCCAAGACAUCGCGCCCGGUCCAGGUCAAGUCCAAGAAGCCGGCCAGUGCUCCAAGCAGCGUCAAACCCAUCUCUCCCACCUCAUUGCCACCCCAGUCUCGCAAGACGUCGAACGCUUCCGCCCUGAACUUUCAGCACCAACUCGGCGAGGACGAAGAGGACCUUUCGUCCAAGCCUCGUUGCCAGCGAUGUCGCAAGAGCAAGAAGGGCUGCGACCGUCAACGCCCUUGCCAGCGCUGCAAAGACGCCGGCCUCAGCGCGGACCAAUGCGUCAGCGAGGACGAGGGCAAUGGUCGCAAGGGCCGCUACGGACGACACAUGGGCGUACCAGUGAAGAAAGAGGAGCUGCCCGUGGAUGCAGCAUCGCUCCCGCAGGCAGCGGCAGCGGGCGGUCAAGUGAGCGCAGAUAAGAGCAAGAAGAGAAAGCGGUAG